GUAAAGCAGCGAUGUCACGGAGCCAAGCAACGCGUAAAUCUUGAUGAUCGGUUUUGGGAGUACUGGGCCGGCGUCCAAGGCGGUGGCCUGAUCGAGCUGCCAGGGGAUCAGCACUUGCCCCUAGAUGUCGAGGCCCUUCUCUGCUUCCUUAGCGGUGUUCCUGGUGAUCACCGGUGUGGUAGUGAAUUCAGGCGCAGAUCGCGGCCUGCUGCAGUCCCAAAGGCCUCCCUGCCUCACGCGCGUGUCAGGCUGGUUCCAGUGCGGCACAGCAGACGGGCAGUCUCCAGGAGCCUUGUGCCUGCCCCUGUGUGUUGGGGAGCGCGCAAGCGGCCCCUGCCAGCCAUGCACCGACCCCAACAGCGCCUGCAACACGGCCUGGAGGUCGUACAACGGCUUGCUACAGGCGAGCCUCUCUUUCAACUCCACUGAGAUCUGCCCUCAGCUAGCGGAUCGCAUGAGUGUCGGCUCAUCAGGAGGCCAGGCUUCAGAAGGCGACACUUGCUCAUGUCCCUGUUCGCAGCAGCAGCCGCAGACAUAGGUGCUUGGACUUGGCAGCCCUGAAAACAAAUGGGCAGACCGUUUAUUAAGGCAGUCAGUGUCAACAAUUGAGAUUUCCUUGAGAUGUUUUCAAGACAUUGCGGCAGACUGUCACAGUCUGGCGGCCAUAGAAUGACAUGUGCCAGCAUACUGACAAGGACCGACGGUAGCAGGGCACAUUGGCAAAGGUAAUGGUGCUACCAGUCUUGUGGACGCGUGGAAUGCCAUGCAGCAAGUGAAGGGAGAAAUUUCCCAUGAUGACACAUUUUGGAAGCUGUCACGACCCAAAGGUCGGACCCAUGCAUGCUGGAGGCAGGUCUGAAAUACACAUGGUGGUCUUUGAUAACAUCGAUAAAUGAAUCUCACAUCCUGGUCGAGAAUAAAUGUGCCGACCCCAGAAUUGUCUUGCUACAAUAUGCAAUGUUGUUACAU